AUGGGGCAGCUUGCACAUAAUUUCUUGAAACGUUCCCAGUAUUCAUGUAGGGACUCUCCGUUUUGCUGCCUUACACCACAAAUUUCUUUUCGAAUGUUGGCCGCCCUUGAAGCUGGGAAAUAUUUCUUUAAAAACAAUCUCUUCAUCUCGUUCCAUGUGGUAAUACUUCCAGAUGGAUCAAUUCCUGAAGAUGUUAAGGUUGAAGAGCUAGAGCAUGAAAGUAAAAUUUUUGCAGCAGUUGUGGAUUCCAUAUGGAGAUCUAGUAGCCUACGAGUUGAAGAGAUAAAUGAGCGUGGAGAGAGCCAAGCGCAGGAGGGGCAUGAAGCUACAAGGAAAUACAUGGAUGGCGGUGAUGGGCGUGAAAUGGGGUUGAAGCGACCACAGUUUGAUUCAAGCCCAUCAUUUUUUGGGGCUUCUGCUGGUUCAAGCCUCAUGUAUAAUCCUUCUUAUGCAUAUGCUGGCCAACCUCCACCAUUCCCAGUUGUCCGAUUGCGUGGCCUUCCUUUUGAUUGUUCAGAAGCUGAUGUUAUUGACUUCUUCCAUGGUCUGGACAUCAUUGACAUUCUCUUUGUUCAUAAAGGUGGUCGGUUCAGUGGAGAAGCUUUUUGUGUAUUGGCAUAUCCUCUGCAAGUGGAUUUUGCCAUUCAGAGAAAUAGGCAGAACAUGGGUAGAAGGUAUAUUGAGGUUUUUAGGAGCAAGAGACAAGAAUACUACAGUGCUGUUGCGCAUGAAGUUUCUGACAUGAGGGGUGGUUCUCCACGUCGUAGCGCUCCAAGGGCAAGGUCAGCUGAUGACGGGAAGGAUUUAAUGGAGCAUACUGGAGUUCUACGUAUGAGAGGAUUGCCAUAUUCUGCUGGGAAAGAUGAUGUGAUGGACUUUUUUAAGGACUACGAACUCUCAGAGGACCGUGUUCAUAUUGUGCUAAAUUCAGAUGGCAGGCCAACGGGGGAAGCAUUUGUGGAGUUUGCAAAUGCAGAGGAUUCAAAAUCUGCAAUGGGAAGGGAUAGAAUGACACUUGGAAGCCGUUAUAUAGAGCUGUUUCCUUCAACUGCCAAGGAGAUGGAUGACGCUAUUUCUAGAGGACGAUGAGGCUCGUCAAUGGUAACAACAGGUUUUGGUUUACACCCAGUCAUGCUACUGUAUUAUGUUAUGCUUUUGUAUGGAAAACUUGCUGCGACUUGUGAUCUGAUUUAAAUCAAGGCUGGGUCUGACCAAUGCAUUUUGGAUCUAGGUUAUCUUAUGGUGUGUUCCAUCUAGUUAGUUACAAACUUAAAAAAGUAAAGCCAGUGCCCUGUCUUCUGUCCCUCUUCGUACAUAAUUUUAUCUCUGAUUUCUGCUAUAUAAUCUGAUCUGCAGAAAUACAAAUGACUUUAGUGAUU